AUGCUUUCGAGUACAGUCUGGAGGCAGCACCGCAGCACCUGGGAGCUCUACAUCACAAGAUGCAAGAAUCAUUGCAAGCGAGUUGAACGCCUCCAGGACAGCUCAGUGUCCCUCCGCCCGGCAGCCGCGUGCGGUGCUGCUCUUGGCACGAGCUGCGUUGCGGCCGCUGAGGCACUGCCGCCGGCUCCCAGCGGCGUCAACGAGUUGCCUGAAAUCCAGCAGGCAGCUGUGGUGGGCGCCCUGCUCUUGGGCCUCGGUGUGGGUACCUGGGCCUUGGUUGGCCCAGUCUUCGGCUUCUUGCAAGGAAUCCUCCCGGAGGGCUGGUUCAAGACCUGGCAAAAGACGUGGCCCAUAUUGGGUGCAUUCUACAUGGCUGCAGGCAUUGCCCACUUCACUGCGGCAGAAGCUUUUGAAGCUAUCUAUCCGCCGCAAGGCACCUGGGGCUUCUGGUACUUGCCUGGCAGCGCCGAAUUCCAUGUGGCCUGGACAGGUGUGGCAGAGAUAGCCGGCGGCUCUGGGCUCUUCCUAGGCUCCCUGCUGCUUGGACUGGCAGGAGCCUUUAACUGGGAACUGCCUGCCGCAUUGCGCUCCCUGCCUGCGCUCUCUGCCUUGGGCCUCUUUGCGCUCACCUGGGCGGUGACGCCUGCCAACAUCUACAUGUACACCCACGGGGCUCAGAUGAUAGGCCUGACGCCCGGUGACCAGCCUGUCCCCGUGGAGUUUCACGCUGUCCGCGGUCUGCUCCAGGUGCUUCUACUGGGCAUCCUUUGGGGCUACUACAGUGCUGGCCAGGAAGAGGCUCGAGAAGCCUGA